UUUGUCCAUUUUAUGUGAACACUCUUGUACAGCCUACAGCCACAGUAUGUUAGGAUAUCUAGUGCUCCUUUUAACGGUCGUCAGAGCCAGCGCCGUAUUCACUGACAACAGUAAAGAAAAAUAUAUUUGGUGCGAUGGUGACCCAUCAGACAUUUUUUUUCUGGUAGACAGCUCUACCAGUAUCUGGAUGAAACAUUUCGGUAUGCAGCGAGAGUUCAUCAAGGAAAUAGUACAACACUUUCCGAUCGGCCCUACGGCGAUGAGGGUCGGCCUGGCUGUCUUCUCGGACCGUUUCUACCGUGUCAUACGGUUUAACCGAUAUAACAACACGAAGGACCUCCAGCAAGCUAUUGGACGUGUUCCGCACAUCUAUGGAUCUACCCUUACCGGAUAUGCACUCCAGAGGCUUCGCACGUCAGUAUUCAGGCAUGCGCGAAAGAACGUCACUAAAAUAGCUGUCGUCAUGACAGAUGGCGUUUCCAGAAAUAGCAAGAAGACUGCUGCACAGGCUGAACUCCUGAAGAAGUCCGGCGUUUUCGUGUUCGCUAUAGGGAUAGGUACCAAGACGAGAAUGAGUGAGCUCAUAUCCAUCGGAAGCACUCCAUCCGAUCAAUUCGUCUUCUCUGUUGCUAGUUUUGAAGUUCUGAACGAGAUCCGAGACGCACUGGCGUACAAGGCAUGUCGAGUAACGCCCGAGAAGGUUCUGCCAUACUGCGCCGCUAGGCGUCCAACCGACGUCAUGUUUGGCUUUGAAUCAGCUGCUAUGGGAGCGUACAGAUCUGCGCAUGUGCGGAAGCUAAUUGCCAACGUCACUGGGUACUUUGGUAACAUGGAAGAUGGUACAUUGCAAGCAGGAUUGCUUCAAGGACUAUGCAAUGAAAAGGAUAUCUAUCUAAAUGAAUUUAAAGCAAAGGAAGACUUUGUUUCGGAUCUACAAAAUGUCACAGUUGGGGGAACUAGAGACAUUUUAAAAGAUGUAAAGGAUAUGGGGUACACAGAAAAAAACGGUGGUCGGCAAAACGCGCGGAAAAUGGCUGUCCUUUUCAUAGACGAGAGUACAUCUGAUCUUGAUCACAUCAUUGAUGAAAUUGUUCAGGCCAGGUCGGAGGGCAUAGAAAUAUUUGUUGUUGCUAUAGGUGACGAUUUGGACCUUGGAAACCUUGUUGAUGUCCUUGACAACCCAGUAGAACGACACCUGCUUGCAGUGUCGAACCACAAAGAUCUUGACAACGUUCACACGUCCUACUCCGAAAUGCUUUGUGAAUUUAUAGAGGAGGAGCCCACACCACCACUUCCAGCUUAGACGCGGUUGUCUCCCUUCUCACUGAACGGAUUACUAUCAAAUAUUGUCUGAAAGCAUUGAUGCCGAAAUUGAGUAUCUUAUUUUAACUUGUGUUUCGGAUUUUGUUAACAUCAUUGUCUCAUCUAUUACAAUAUAGUUUCCUCUCUCCUUUUUGAUAACGUAUGUUUUAGGUACCCCGACUGACUUUAGUUUGUACCUCCAACCCUAGUUUGUAGCACUUGAAUGCACUCCAUCCAGUGCUGUGAUAACUUGCCCAUGGGAUGCUAAAUAAUUGAUGAACGAACAAACAAGGUAACUAUAUGUAUACCUUCUCUGCUUCAUAGGCAGGUUUCAAAACCAAAUUUUAUAUCCUAUAUUAUUAUUUAACAAAACUUAAAAAUGUGAUUGGAGAUUUUUGUAAUUGCUUAAAUUAGCCCCUCACAACAAAAGAGAGAGAAAUCCCGACCAACCUACCCUAUUUUCAGUCAUGUUACCUUGAACAUACAUAUUUUUUACCUAAGCCAAGUACCAUGAUGAAGUGGAAGAGAAAUAAAAGAUUUCUCAUUUAAGACAUUGUGUGUUUGUG